AUGAAAGCUCGGAAAACUAAAUUUCGAAUGAACAGUCAAAAAAAGUCAGGCUCGUCGCAACAUGACUGUACACGUGAGCUGGUCAAACGAAGACCAGGUAUUGCGUUAGGAAGUGAUACAGAUACUAUCUUCGGAUACAUGGCAGUCCGUGACGCGACGGUUCGAGGCAACUCACACUACACUGAGUUGGCUUCGGAAGACUACAUCCACCGCCAGAAAGCACAGAGACGCAGUUCAACAUCCGCAUGCGCAUGA